UCCUCGCUCCACCAUUCAGUGCAUCGACUCUAUCCGCGUACAAAACCAUCCUUUGUAACCAUCUUUCUAAUCCAUCUCCACUUGACCCCGGUUUUUCUUCCGCAGCUCUCCCGGGAUUCAUCUCAUUCUCACCCGUAUAUUACUUGCCGUGUACAACUCAACUCUCCUUGACCUGUUUGCUAUCAGUCCUCCAGCAAUGGCUCUGACACUCACCGCCUCUCCCUCCUCGGAUGACAGGUCCUCUCCCGCCUCCGAUGAUGGAUCUGCUCCACCUCACACGCCGAACUCACCUAAUAAUAAGCAGACGCUCUAUUCGGGGCCUCAAAAUCUUUCUAACAUUACCACCAGUAUCGAUACAAGUAACACUAACCGAAAUAGUGAGACGGCGUUGACGGCAGCACAGCCUCAAGCAACUGCUCCACCCAAGAAGAAGCCAAGCCGCCGAGCUAACACAGCCGAACGUCGGGCAACCCACAACGCUGUGGAAAGAGCGCGAAGGGAAACACUUAACAGCCGUUUCUUGGACCUUGCCGCCCUCCUUCCGAACCUUACUCAAAUCCGACGGCCUUCCAAAUCAGCCAUCGUUAACUCGUCCAUUGCUCACGUACACGCUGCGCGCCGUCACCGCCUCCUUGCGUCCCGCGAACUCCGGAUUUUGAAGUCGGAGUCUGACGCUCUGCGCAGAGAGCUUAAUGAAUGGCGGGAUCGUGCAGGACUUCCCCGUGUCGAAGAACCUAUCCGCAGCGAAGGUUUUGGAAUAGUUUUAAGCGGCGAAAUCGAGAUCAUCCCACUGAGUGGGCCCGGUGCUCCAGGUAGUGGAAUCGACGAAGACGACAGUCCCUUUGACGGACUCGACGAAGCUGACGAAGACUUUGGAGCUCAACCUACCGCGUCAAUGGACGACAUCGAUGACGUUAUGUCGGGGAAUGCCGCAGCGAUUAUCAAGAGCGCUGCAGCCGUCGGAGCCAAUCCCGGUUUUGCAAAUGUGGGUGGCAAUGUCUCCGAUGGGGGAAUGUUGCAGUCGCAUGUGAUGUCCCGUGGCAGUGGACCAGGCCCGAUCAUUGCCCAGAUGCCUCCGCCGGUGUCGUUUGAGAACCCGGUUAUGCCGGCAACCUACGAGCCGCAAGCAUUUGGAGGCCAAUUUUUCACCGGUCAGCAUCACCUGCAGCAAUCCCUGGAUAACGACAAGGUCCCUGCGUGGACUACUACAUUUGCAAACACUGCUACAGCAUUCCGUCAGCAAAUGCAACAGCAUCCGAUGAUCAGUCAUCCUGUCCAUACGCCGUCGUCUGCUGCCGACCACGCGCAAAUUUUCGAGAACUCGAAGAGGCAGCAUCAGCAGCUCUUAGCUAUGUGUCAGCACCAACAAUCUCAACGGCAGCUUUCUUUCCCUGCUGUGGAUGCUGACGACACCACUUCGGUCGUGUCGAACCGAAGCGGGAGUGAGCGGGAUAUGGGAGAUAUGAGAGCUAGGAGUGCGAGUACCUCGACGGGGUACGGCUCCCCACCCGGUCACGGCUCCUCUUCCUCGCCGGUGUUGUAUGACUCAAGCGGGAAUUACGAGUCGCCGGUGCGGUACGACAGGAUGGGGAUGGUUCCUCAGGGUAUGGGCAUGGGUCUAGGCGUGGCGAUGGGUAUGGGAAUGAUGAAACAGGGGUUGGCUUGGGGGGUACGCUGGGAGUAUGAUGUGAAGCGGGACGAUUGUUUGAUUUUUUUGGUGUUUUUUUGGUUCGCUCUGGAGUGCUUGGAGAACGUGGACGGGUAUCGUGCUUCCCCUUACUCGACUUCCCCAGUUGCGCCUUUCUCCAUAUACUGCCCUUUCACACUCGUUUUUUCCCUCGAAGCUGCGGUGUUACACUUCACCAUUGCCUCUUCCUUCACCCGACUUCAGUUCAGUUCCCCCCCAUCCCCGCUGUAUUUCCCGACUUAUUUAUGCGUUGCCGGAUUCAUGCUGUGUACCAGCAAUGCUCGUCCUCUUCAUCGAUAAUUAACUAGCCGCUACAUACUUAUUGUCUCGUUCGUUUUCGGCUCUUUCUCGCUCG